AAAAAUGAUCUGGCAUCCUUGAUUGGCGGCAUUCGGUAUUAGCCUAUAAAAUACAGCAAAGGAUAAAAAGGUUUUUUGUCACUCAACAAUUUUUAAGGAAAAGUAUUUUUCGUGAUAUUUCGGUUUAACACCCUUAAGAAAAUAUCGACUGUUUUUAAGAUCCCUACUUUAGUUUCGUCAACUCUGUAAACACCUACCAAACAAAGUACAAUGGCUGAAAAACCGAAACGUCCUCUGUCCGCCUACAUGUUGUGGUUGAGCUCUGCCCGUGAACAGAUAAAGAAGGAGAACCCCGGUAUCAAGGUGACAGAGAUCGCUAAGAAGGGCGGUGAGCUAUGGAGAGCAAUGAAGGACAAGAGCGAAUGGGAGAACAAGGCCGCCAAGCAAAAGGAUCAGUAUAACAAACUUGUUCAGGAGUUCGAGCAGAAUGGUGGCAGCAAGGACGCCGGUAAGAAAAAGAGUAAGACUGCAAAGAAGGCUGCACCUAAGAAAGGCAAAAAGAAUGACGAUGAUGACGACGACGACGACUCCGGCGAGGAAAGUGAUUGAACUAAUAACUUAAGUAAAAUAAACAAAAACUGACAACAGUAAAAAAAAUCUGUUUUAAUUUACCUAG